AUGAAUUCAACAAAAUGUGUGGUAAAUUUCUCAUUUUUCGAAACAAAAGAAGUUGUCAGAUAUUUUCUACAUGUUUUUUCGAUUAUAACUUAUCCAUUGAAUAUUUAUUCAUUUUAUUUGAUUGUCAAAGUUACUCCAGCAAAUGUGAAAAAUGUGAAAAAUGUUAUGAUAUUUCUACAUGCAAAGUACUUAAACUUUUGUUUUAUUCGAUGGUUUUUGGGAAUUUCAAGAUGAAGCCUAAGAAAAAAACCAAACUCUACCAAAUUCCCAAAUUUUCAGCACCCUUCUUAUCGAUUUUCUAAUUGAUGUUUGUGUAAUUCCAAUUCCCUACUUCCCACUUCCUGCAAUUCAUAUGUUUGGAUUAUUGCCGUGGCUUGGAGUUCCUAUAAGUAUUAUUCUAUAUUUUGGUCAAUUAUCAGUCUAUUGUAAAUCCCAAGUUUUUCAAAAAUAAAAAACAAGUUGUUUUCAGCAUUAGCCAUUUCAAUUGUCGCAGUUUAUCAGAAUCGACAUAGUGCAAUAAGCACAAUAAAAUAUAGAAUAACUGAAAGAAAAUCGCUUUUUGUUUAUUAUUUUCUGUUAUAUUCAAUUGGUGCAGCGGGUUUUGCAUAUUAUUCUUUCGAUGGAAAUUAUGAAAUAACAUUGAAAUUAGACCUCAUUGAGAAAAGUUCAUAUAAAUGCCCACCGACAGAGUUUUUCAGUGAAAAUACUUUUACAACUGAUAAAAACAAAACAAUAAUAAGUAUGAUUGUGGCAUUUAUAGCCGUUUUUGAUUUAUCUCAAUUAUUAUUUUUUGGGCUAAUGACUGCGUAUCAUCUAGUUUUGGUUCCAUCUGUUACAGUUUCUGAGAAAACUCGGGCUCUACAAUUGAAAUUUCUGAUAGCGCUGAGCAUUCAAAUCAUAAUUCCAUUUAUGGUUUUAUUGCUACCAGUUUUAGUUAUGUGCGCAAUUGUGAUUAUUGGAAUCGUAAAUCAAAUAAUCAAUAAUUUCUGUAUAAUUAUAAUUGGAACUCAUGGGAUUUUGACUAGUUUAUCACUAAUUAUAAUCCAUGAACCAUUCCGUAAACACGCUAAAAAUAUAAUCUUUUUUUGGAAAAAAUCUCAAAAUCCUCCAAUUGUACCAAUUGUACCAAGAACACAUUCAAUGAUAAGCUCAAAUACAAUUGUGCCAGUGUGA